AGCAAACAAAAAAAGUUUCAAGCUUUCAGACAAAAACAAAAUGAAGACUAAUUUUGUUAUUCUACUUCUUCUCCUCUGUGUUUUUGCGAUCAGCCCUAGUCAACAAGAAGAGAUCAAUCAACAUAAUCCAGGGAUAUAUCAUCAAAAGCUGCUAUACAAGGUCCAACAAUGGAGAACAUCUUUGAAAGAAUCAAAUUCUGUAGAACUCAAGCUAUCUUUAGCAGCCAUUGUGGCUGGAGUGUUAUACUUCCUUGCUGCCUUAAUCUCGAGCGCAUGUGGAAUCGGCAGUGGAGGUUUAUUCAUUCCAAUCACGACUCUAGUUUCACGGCUAGACUUGAAAACAGGGAAGCGUUUCUUGGGCCAAUACUUGAUAUGGGUGAUAUUAUUGUUGGGGCAGCUCCAUGAAUGCAAAAGCUGCAUUGAGAAAGAAAGAGUAGCUUUGUUGGAUUUUAAGAAAUAUUGGAUGUCCAUUACGCAAGAAUCGGACUUGGACUAUGUUUUCCCUACUUGGAAUAAUGACACAAAGAGCGAUUGUUGCCAGUGGGAGAGCAUUAUGUGCAAUCCUACAAGUGGGCGGCUUAUCAGGCUUCACGUUGGUGCUUCGAAUUUAAAAGAGAAUUCUCUACUAAAUAUUUCUUUACUGCAUCCCUUUGAAGAGGUUCGAAGUCUAGAAUUAUCAGCUGGGCUCAAUGGCUUCGUUGAUAAUGUUGAAGGUUAUAAAAGCUUAAGGAAAUUAAAAAAUUUGGAGAUUCUGGAUCUCUCUUAUAAUAAUAGAUUCAACAACAACAUACUUCCAUUUAUUAAUGCUGCUACGUCACUUACAAGCCUUUCUCUUCAAAAUAACUCCAUGGAAGGCCCUUUCCCUUUUGAAGAAAUAAAAGACUUGACAAACUUGAAACUAUUGGAUCUUAGUAGAAACAUACUAAAAGGCCCCAUGCAAGGGUUGACUCAUCUGAAAAAGCUAAAAGCUUUGGAUCUAAGUAACAAUGUUUUUUCGAGCAUAAUGGAAUUGCAAGUAGUUUGUGAAAUGAAGAAUUUGUGGGAGCUUGAUCUUCGUGAAAAUAAAUUUGUAGGUCAGCUUCCUCUUUGUUUAGGUAGAUUAAACAAGCUAAGGGUUCUUGAUUUGUCAUCCAACCAGCUAAAUGGAAAUCUACCAUCUACUUUCAACAGACUCGAGUCCCUUGAAUAUCUAUCAUUAUUAGAUAACAACUUCACCGGCUUCUUCUCAUUUGAUCCACUCGCCAACCUCACAAAGCUUAAGGUGUUCAAACUUUCAUCAACAUCAGAUAUGUUGCAAAUCAAGACAGAGAGUGAGCCAAAAUAUCAAUUUCAACUAAGUGUUGUUGUAAUAAGAGUUUGCAGCUUGGAGAAAAUCCCUUCCUUUCUGGUUGUUGGCAAACAAUCCGGAACUUAAAGUAUUACAGUUGCAGGAUAAUUUAUUUACCAUCUUCCAGAUGCCUGCUACAAUAGUGCAUGAGUUGCAGUUCUUGGAUUUUUCAGUGAAUGAUAUUAGUGGACUGCUCCCUGAUAAUAUCGGUUAUGCGCUUCCGAAUCUGUUACGAAUGAACGGCUCAAGAAAUGGGUUUCAAGGGCAUUUACCAUCUUCUAUGGGUGAGAUGGUAAACAUUACAUCCCUUGAUCUAUCUUAUAAUAACUUCUCCGGGAAGCUACCUAGACGCUUUGUCACUGGUUGUUUUUCACUAAAACACUUGAAGCUCUCCCACAACAAUUUUAGUGGCCAUUUUCUUCCAAGAGAAACAAGCUUUACUUCCCUGGAAGAGUUGAGAGUUGAUAGCAACUCAUUCACUGGGAAGAUCGGAGUUGGUUUGCUUAGCUCCAACACUACGUUAUCAGUUCUUGACAUGUCCAACAAUUUUCUAACGGGUGAUAUUCCAAGCUGGAUGUCUAACUUAUCUGGUUUAACUAUCUUGUCGAUAUCAAACAAUUUUUUAGAAGGUACGAUACCACCAUCUUUGCUAGCCAUUGGCUUUCUUUCUCUCAUCGACCUAUCGGGAAACUUAUUAUCUGGAUCCUUACCGUCACGUGUUGGUGGGGAGUUUGGGAUAAAAUUGUUCCUACACGACAACAUGCUCACGGGGCCGAUUCCAGACACGUUGUUGGAAAAGGUCCAAAUACUUGAUUUACGGUACAAUCAACUUUCUGGGAGUAUUC